AUGGCUUCCAAUGACAAUUUGCGCGAUAAUAUUGAGGAGUUGAAGCCUACACAUUACCUUGAAUCGCGGAUGGCUCUCAUCAUUCUAAACUCGCCUAUUCCAGAUCUUGAAUACUUUCGCAGACUGUACGACCAUGCGUCGUUGCGCAUUUGCGCAGACGGCGGAGCCAAUCGACUCUAUGACCUACUGUUGAAACAGUAUGGCGAGUCCAAAUGGAUAGACGGUCUGCGUGCAAUGCCACCGGACCUUAUCCACGGUGAUCUUGAUUCCCUGCACGAUACCGUCCGGAAACGGUAUGAGCAGAUAGGCGUCCAAGUAACGCAAGACACGGAUCAAUACAGCACAGAUUUUGGCAAGGCUAUCAACCAAGUGAUUGAGCGGAUGCCGACCGUACAGACUAUCCUCGUAGCCGGUAGCCUUGGUGGACGAGUCGACCAAGGCAUCGGUCUGUUGCACGAGCUGUAUCGAGAGCAGAAGCUCCGGCACCCGCGCGUACGGUUUUGGUUCUUCUCCGAGGCUAGUGUGAGCACGCUGUUGAACACUGGUGCGACCGGGGUCCACACGCCUGUUGAUGAAGGCUUGAUCACCCGGAAUAUCGGUAUAUUGCCUCUCUAUGGCCCCGCGACGAUAAGUACUAAAGGCUUAGAAUGGGACGUCGAAGACUGGCGGACGGAGAUUGGAGGGCAAGUCAGUACCAGUAACCACAUCGUCGCCGACCAUAUUACCAUCAGCACCGACAACCAAGUGCUCUUCACCGUGGAGAGGGCGGCGUGA